GAGGGCUGGAGUUAAAAGUGUAGAUUGAUGAGUGAACUAGUGACUAGGACUAUAAAAAGCUGCAUCCACGGACCAAGAGAGAACAAGAAGAGGAAACCAAAGUCUGCUCUGCAACAUAAGAGACAAAUAGAAGAAUCUUUUACAACUCGAGCAGGUUCAACAGGCUGCAACAGAACUCUUCAACAGAAGAAAAACAAAAAAACAUCAAGGAAACCAGCAGGAAUUGAAACACUGAUCAGAUCUGAGGUGGAACUUAGCUGACCCACCUUGUGCAGCGCAGACCAGCCGGCUCGUUCUGUUAGUUUCAGGAAAAGUGAAAAUGCUCUGGAGAUUGUCUCUCGCUGUGGCUGUGGUGUGUGUCGGUGGCAUAUGCAGCUGUGUGAAGGCUGAUGUCAUGAGUCGACUGAUCAUACCGAGGGACUACGGGGUGAAACUGUGCGGGAGAGAGUUCAUCAGAGCAGUCAUUUUCACCUGCGGAGGCUCCCGAUGGAAACGAUCAACAGAGGGGGACUCAGACCCCUUCCAGUGGAGUUCUCUCAGCGAUGUUACAGUGGAAGACAACCAGUACACCUGGCAAAGUGGCGCAGAGCUCACAGAUAGCCGCUCUCCUCUCCACAUUGCCUCCUCUCACUCCCUGGCAGACCUCCUGGCUCUUUACAGAGCCAUAGCAGAGACGCUGAGUGACCCAGCCCCGCUGGGGAAGUCUCAGCCAUCCACAGUCUUAGGCGAGCAAGCCGGCAGUCUAGCGACGGCUGACUGGCCCAUACCGAGCAAGAAGAAGAGGAACUUUUCUCUGGGUGUGGCAGGGAUGUGCUGUAACCAGGGCUGUACCAAGAAUGACAUCGGACGCUUGUGCUGAGGCGGCAGAGGGAGAGGGGAGGAGGGAAGGGGUGAAGGCAGAGGGGUUGUGACAUGAAGGUGGUGUGCUGGACAGUAACAGGCAGUUGUGGAGAGAUGUAGGAGGUAAAAGAGGGAGGAGAGCAAGUUCAUUAUAGUAAGCUGUCACAUCACUCCACUUUCGUGUCUCUGUCAUAUUUUAUUUAUUCUUCUUACUUUUGUUAAAAGAUCCUAUUGUGUGUGUACUUUGUCGCCCUCUCAGCAUCCUUGACAAUAAAUUUGAAACACUGUGUUAAUAUGAAGUUCUGAGCUCUAUCAUAUAUCAUCUCCAACACUUGUUUCUAUAUGAGUGGAAAGGAUUUGGAGCAAUAAACAGCAUCCAUAUUCUCGCCUGCAGACUAUCUGACUAAACUGUGUUCAUGCUAACACGGGCCAAUAUCACACAUUUAUGUCAUUUAGGCUGAUGUGAACUUAUUGCUGCCCUCUGUUCACAACAUUAUGCCUGCCUGGUCAUUUUAUGUCAACACC